UCCGACUUUUAGCUCGAGAGAGGGAGCUAAUGGAGGCAAGAAGGAGAAGUGAAGAAAGGGGACAUCAAGUUGGUCCCGGAUUUAAAGGAAUUGAAGGAAAAGUUAAAGUUGAGAUGGCGGGGGACAACACUGAUGGGCUAAUCCGCUUCAAAACCCAAAUGUGGAAGCGGGAGCCGAGGAGGAUCCAAGGACAAUGGGUUAUUACAUGGCUCCACGGGCGGCGGAUAUCCAAUCUCCCAUCUUACAUCCCCCCGUGGCCACCAACAACUUUAAAAUCAAGCCCGCUCUUGUGACGAUGAUUCAAAACAAAGCCUACUUUCAUGGGCUUGCCAAUGAAUCACCACGAAAGCAUGUCCAAAGGUUUCUUGAGCUAGCGGGAAGCUUGAAGAUAAAUGGCGGCUACUUUCAUGGGCAUUGCGAUUGAGGCUAUCCCCCUAUUCUUUUGCCGGGAAGGCACUCUGAUGGCUCAACAACCAUCCGACUCUAUCCAUCACCUCUUUGGACGAUUUACUCAACAUGUUCAUGACCCGAUAUUGUCCUCCUUCCAAGACAGCCGAGUGGAGAAAGAAGAUCACUAACUUUGAGCAAGAGGAAGAUGAGAUAUUGAGGGAUGCAUGGGAAAGAUUUUCCGACUACUUUUUUCAAUGCCCUCACCAUGUAUUCGAGGAGCAAUUUUGGAUAGAGACUUUCUAUGGAGGACUCAUUCAAGAUGAUAAGAUCCUCAUCGACUCUCUUUGCCAAGGAAAGUUGAUGAACAUGAUUCCACCUCAAGUAACCAAGUUUCUCGAAGAUAUGGCUCUCAAGGGAUAUGAUUGGGGCUUGAAAAGAAGCGGGAAGAGAAGCACCGAAAGACGAGUGUGAAGUGUGGGAGCAAGUUCUCCACUUAAAGCAAAGCUUGGCAAGUUGAUCGAGGUGAUUCUUGAGGGCAAGAAGCAAGGGAAGGAACCGUUGGUACCAUAUGAUUGGGGUGAAAGCUUGGGCUAUGAGGAAGCCGAGUGCCAAAUGAUGAACGAGGAAACAACCCAUUACGAGUAGUUGAACUCUAUCUCCCCUGUGCACACCGAUCAUAUGUCUUGUUUGGAGGAGUUUGUGACCACUUUUGUCGAAUCCAAUUAUAAGAAGUUUGAAAAAAAUUGAGGGGUUCAUAAGGGAGGUGACAGAGAAAUUCUCAACUAUAGAGGCGGGGUUGCAAAGUCACCAAUCACUCCUAACAACCUUGACCACAAGUAUGAGGAUUAUCUCGCAAGCACCUCUUUCCCAGAAGCAAUUCGAUGAAGCGGGAGUAAGGGCGGUUACUCUUCAAAGUAGGAGAGAAGCCAAGGAGAUGCCUCCGAAGAAGAAGCCUUUCAAGACAGAAAAGCAAGAUGGGGUCGGUAGUUUCCCAGAACAACAAGGGGAACGAGUGCAAACGGAGGGGAGAGGGUCGAUUCGACUCCUUCACCGGAGCAGAGGAAGAAAAAAGCAACUCCAGCUAUUCCCUAUCCUUUUCGACUCCGCAAUGACUGCAUGGCAUCGGAGUUUUCCCACUUCAUGGAGUUGAUGAACCAGCUACACCUCACUAUCCCACUUUAUGGAUUUGAUGAACCAGCUCACCCAGAUGCCCAAGUACGCAAAGUAUUUUAAGGACCUCCUCGCCAACAAGAAGAAGCUUGAAUGGAUGGCUACAGUGACCUUGAAUGAAGAGUGCUCGGUCAUCCUGCAGAACCAUCUGCCCACAAAGCGCAAAGAUCCAGAGAGUUUCACUAUCCCUUGUUUUAUUGGGAACAUGUGCAUAGGAAAAUCCUUGGCGGACCUAGGAGCAAGUAUAAAUGUGAUGCCUUAUCGGUAGUUUCAAAAGUCAGACCUAGGUGAAUCUUGAACUACCAGGAUGAAUAUUCAGUUGGCGGAUAGGUCCAUCGUGCAACCUAAGGGUAUUGUUUAGGACUUACUUAUUAAAGUAGGGCCUCUCAUUUACCCGGUCGAUUUCGUCAUUCUAUACAUUGAUGACAACGUUGAUGUCCCCCCUCAUCCUGGGUAGGCCCUUCUUAGCUACCGCCAAGGCCUUGAUUGAUGUGCAUAGGGAAAAUUAGUGCUUAGGACAGGGGAGGGAGAGGUUAUAUUCUCUAUUGAUGAGAGCAUGAAGUUUUCUCACCAUCAUGAUGAUAUUGAUUAUUGUGAUGAGGUUUUUGAUUUCAUGAAGGCACUCGUAUCUGCGGUGCCCACUCUACUGACCCUUCUGAAGAAUGUUGUUUAGUAGGGACGAACAUUGCGGAAUCUCCAGAGGAGGAAGGCCAACUUUUAAAAGAUCUGGUGGUGGAAGCCUUGACCGCAAUGCCUAAAAUCCCUACCUCCUUGGAGGAACCACCCGAGUUGGAGUUGAAGCAUUUACCUCUCCAUCUUGAGAAUGCCUUCCUGGGGACGAUGGCAAGCUCUCAGUCAUUAUCAACUCCAAUCUUACACCGGAGCAAAAGACUGAGUUGAUUGAGAUAUUGCGUCGUCACGAGAGGGCAAUCGCAUGGAAGAUCACAGAUAUCCGAGGGAUCGGACCAACCUUUUUCUCAUACAAGAUCCUCUUGGAGGAAGGUGCCAAGCCGGUUUGUCAACCGCAAAGGCGUGUGAAUUCUAACCUGGAGGAAGUAAUGAAGGCGGAAGUAAUCAAGCUUUUGUAUGCCGGGAUCAUCUAUCCCAUCACAGAAAAUCAUUGGGUGACCCCAACACAGUUGGUCCCCAAGAAAGGAGGAAUGCCGGUGGUAGCCAAUGAGAAGAAAGUUCUUAUAACAAAAAGAACGGUGAUCGGGUGGAGGGUGUGCAUUGAUUAUCGACAAUUAAACAAGGCCAAUUGU